ACCUGUGCCACGAAAAUGUAUUAAAAUUCUCUUGAUUUAUCUGGAAUAAUUAUUUAUUAAUCAUAAAUGACAGUAAAUACCUUUUACAUCCAUCUGAGACAAUAUAUAGGUGUCAUAUUUUACCAAUGUAACCUUUUCUACUUUUGGGAUGUAAAAUUGACUCUAUGGGGCCUCAGGAAACAUGAACUAUAAAUGAAAAUAAUCCAGCAUUCCUGAGUUCAAGACGUUUUUCUGAUGAAAGGCCUGAAAUCAGUUCAUUUGAAUUUCUCAAGGGUAUCUACAUGACGAGCAAAUAUCUGGGCUUUCCUUCUCUGCGCCCGGACUAGGGCUUUCAAUAUAACAAAAACGUGGGGACUCACAAGUGUAUUUUCUACACGGAGGUACUCCCGUGACCUUUAUGAUGAUAAGCAGCUCAGAAAAUAAAUGAAUUAAUUAUUCUCAUGUUUAUUGCAUCUGCAUAGAAAAUGAUUUUAAGGGACAGACAGAGGGCAAUAGGGGGUGAAAACCAUCACGGAAUAAUAGUCUAGCCACAAAUUUGUUGUGUGUUGUUUACAUACUUGGCAAAUAAAGCUGCUUUUGAUUCUGAUGCUGAUAUUUGGACAUAAGUAACAUUAAAACAAUUAUUUGUAGAAAGGAGGGUGAGGACAUGCAUUAACAAACCAAAAGAGCAAGAUAAGAAAAAACGGAAAAGGGCAGGAUAGGAUGUGGGAAAAUGAGCAAGGCAGUAUUGUCAAUUGAUGCGCUGGGAUUCUUUUUUAGUGUCUAAACACCUUUGGAAACGUAUGAGUUGAUAUGUAACUAUAACAUGUUGUCAUGAGCUGUAACCUGCAUUUCCUUUGUUGGAGGUUCGCUUGUGCUCGCCCCCCCCCCCUCACAGUAAUCAGCACCACCUCAGUCGUGCACCUGUUGUCAAUCAGGCUUAUCAUCACCUGCAUUUAAGCCUGCCAGAUCCACGACUCUACUGCCAGAGUAUUAAGGUUCCCCCUUGGUACUAAUGCUCUCAACUUACAUACCUCUUCCACCAUUCGGUCACCUGCAACACCACCUCUCCACUCUGAUCCACCUCUGACUCCCUUCACAAAUAACCCUUCUCCACAAACGUCUUCAGCCUCUGCCUGCUCCUGAGUCUAGUUAGAAUUACUACCAUCACAUUGUGACAGAACUCUGGCCUUGACGGACCCAGCAGCCCCAAAGGCAUUUAGAUAAGCACUCACCCUCCAAGGCGGCCAUAUUGUAAGACUGGAUAUAGCUCUCCAAGAGAUUAUGGAGUUAUUACACUCUCUCCCUCCUUUCUUCCAUAAUACAGUAGGAGCACCUUCCCGAAAGUACUUCUGAGCUCACAGGCUCCGUCCAUCCCACCUCCCAAACAAAGAGCCCCAUGCUCCUCUGCCCAAGCCCUAUACUGGGAAUUAGUUGUAUGGAGCCAAUUCCUCCUACUUUUUCUUUAGUUUUCAAUUUUUCAACCAUUAAUAUAUCCCACUGAACAAUCGAUUCGCUUUUGUCACUAACAUCCUACGUGAAAAGCAGCUACUGUACGUAGACAACUGUGUCUUGGCAUAAUUCAUUUAACUCUUUUUCGCUGAACUAAAGAAAGUCUUUGAUCAACCCCAUUCAGGACAGGGAGGCCACUCUUCGCUUCCUUAUGCCCACUCAUGGGACUAGUUCCGUAGCAGUCUAUUCAGGUGAAGUCAAAAUGUUUGCGGGGGAAUGCCAGUGGGAUGAUGUCGCGUUGAAGGGCUUUUGGAGCAGCUGAAGGACUAGCUCACUGCCCAGGUUGAGCCCUCCUCACUCGAAGAUCUCAUUUCGCUUUCUAGCCACCUUGACAGCCUGUUUAUGAGAAAUAGCACAAGAAAUGGUGGUUGGACCAGGUAAAAUUAUUUCCUCUGUGGGCAAAGUGAGGUCAGCACCUCGUCGAUCUUCUGAACCUCCGACCCCCUGAUCCCCGACAGACCUGAUUAAAACAACAUUUCCCUGUUAAAGUUUUAUGUACUGUAUUAAAGGUUGUCUAAAGUGAAUCCAUCUGGGGAAAUGGUUGGGCGAAGUCAUAGUUGUGAUAGACUCCAGCUCACCUGCGAUGCUAAUGAGGAGAAGCACAAUAGAAAAUGAACGAAUUUGAAAGCUGUGUGGGCCCUGACAGUCAUGCGGUCAAAACAAUGGCUCUCAAAGCUAUGUCGGCAUAACAAUCAAACACUUGAGUAUGUCAGAUUAGAACAUCCCUAAACAUCAUGUAGGGUAAUCAAUGCAAUUAAUCGAAUAAUGGAUAUCGUAAUUUGGCAAGUAACACAAUUUGCAAUUUAGGGUGUAUAUACUGCACCUUUGUCUUUCCUCGAUGUCAUUCGUCAAGCUCAUGCAUCUUUCAUUAUUCACCUGCCUGGCUGAGAUCAGAUGAACCUGCAGAGAUGACGUUGGCGCGAUGAUUGUGACGAUAGAGAGGAUGAGGGUGUAAAAAGCGAGGGGUUGGACAACAUCUGCCCCUCCUAUUUGGCAGUAUAUGACAUGGAGGUGAAGAAAAAAAGGAACACUGAAGACUAAACCUGGAUUCACCACUCUACUUUGCAUUCAAUUCCUUCUUUCAAAUGGAACUUUUCAGAGAUGAAACUGGCAUUAAGGAAUACUGCAACAACAUCAUCAACCCUUGUCUCUCUCUCUCCGAAACCCACUGAAUCAUCGGACAAAGUGGGAGGCUAACGUGCAUUUUGUCUUUGGCACUACUCAAAGGUGGAGACAACUUCUUGUGUCUCAAGCGCACUAAGAAUGGGGAACAUCUAAUGUUUAUUUUUAUUUUUUUCCAUCAAGACACUUUUGAAUCAAGGUGAAGAAACCGACAUGUCUUUGGGAACUUUCAGGGAGCAUAUGCUCAACCCUGGGACAGAAGAAGUGAAGAAUACAGUGGGCAACUCUCUGGGGAAAUUGCAAAGGAAAAUAGAUGGCAACAAUGUAGAAGAGAACCACAUUGAACUGACAGAAGAUGGGCGUCCGGUGGCAUCUACAUCUCAUCCUGCUCCCCUGCUGGAUUGGAACUGUGGCGGUCUUCCCAAGCGCUACAUCAUCGCCAUCCUCAGUGGUCUGGGCUUCUGCAUCUCAUUUGGGAUCCGCUGUAACCUCGGUGUUGCAAUUGUGGAGAUGGUUAACAACAAUACGGCAUUUGUUAAUGGAACUGAAGUUCUUCAGAAAGCUGAGUUCAACUGGAACCCAGAGACAGUUGGACUUAUCCAUGGCUCUUUCUUCUGGGGGUACAUCAUUACACAAAUUCCUGGUGGUUUCAUCUCAAACAAGCUGUCUGCCAACAGGGUGUUUGGAGCUGCCAUUUUCUUGACAUCAGUGCUGAAUAUGUUUAUCCCAUCAGCAGCAAGAGUGCACUACGGCUGUGUCAUGUUUGUUCGCAUCCUACAGGGCUUAGUUGAGGGAGUCACUUACCCAUCAUGCCAUGGGAUGUGGUCAAAAUGGGCCCCACCUCUUGAACGCAGUCGACUAGCCACAACAUCCUUCUGUGGAUCCUAUGCAGGAGCUGUGAUUGCCAUGCCUUUAGCUGGCGUGAUGGUUCAGUACAUUGGGUGGCCGUCAGUCUUUUACAUCUAUGGUGUUUUUGGAAUCCUGUGGUAUGUCCUCUGGCUUCUGUUGGCCUAUGGAAGUCCCGCGGUGCAUCCAACCAUCACGGAUGAGGAAAGGACAUACAUUGAGUCGACCAUCGGUGAAACAACCCACCACCGGAACAUAACUCAGAAAUUCAAGACACCAUGGCGCCGUUUCUUCACCUCCAUGCCAGUCUAUGCCAUCAUUGUGGCCAAUUUCUGCCGCAGCUGGACCUUCUACUUGCUUCUCAUCAGCCAGCCGGCAUAUUUUGAAGAGGUCUUUGGCUUUCCGAUCAGCAAGGUGGGGAUUCUUUCUGCUGUGCCCCACAUGGUGAUGACAAUUGUUGUUCCACUUGGAGGACAGCUGGCAGACUUCCUCCGUAGUAACAAAAUCAUGACAACUACAAAUGUGAGGAAACUCAUGAACUGUGGAGGUUUUGGUAUGGAGGCAACGCUGCUUCUAGUGGUUGGCUUUUCACACACCCGUGCUGUGGCCAUCUCCUUCUUGGUGCUUGCUGUGGGCUUUAGUGGAUUUGCCAUCUCAGGGUUUAAUGUCAACCAUCUGGACAUUGCACCUCGCUAUGCCAGCAUUCUGAUGGGCAUUUCCAAUGGAGUGGGAACUUUGUCUGGAAUGGUGUGUCCCCUGAUUGUUGGAGCCCUGACUACACACAAGACCCGUCUUGAGUGGCAGAACGUCUUUGUUAUUGCAUCCAUGGUGCACUACACAGGGGUCAUCUUCUAUGCUAGCUUUGCCUCGGGAGAACAACAGGACUGGGCCAACCCUGAGAGCACGAGUGAGGAAAAAUGUGGUUUCGUUGAAGAGGAUGAGCUCGCCGAAGAGUGUGACCUCAACAGUGAGAGCAUGACCGCUCCCAAAAUGAACUAUGGGACGACGGAUAAUGUGUCAGGUCGGAAACAUGGCUGGAAAAAGAAGAGGGGGUUGACUGUGCAGGGAGAGGAAGAACAUUAUGCUAAUGGGGACUAUCAGAAAGGUUACUAAUGAGCAGCUCUGAAGGGAUACAGACUUUUACACUUCUGUGAUGAUUCAGUUUUACAUCUGUAAAAAUGGAAAUAUUUCAUCAACAUGAGAAAACACCAAUUUUAGAGUAGUGAGUUUUCAUUGAAAGCGAGUCAGAACAAAAAAGCAAAUUCUAAAAUGUUAGCGCCGUCAUUAUUUUAGAAAAGAAUUGUCUUUUCACAUGUCAAGUCUCCGCCUACGCAACAUGCGGUGUGGGUACGAUUGCAGUGUUGUUGUUUUUACUUGAAUGCUACUGCAGUGGAAAACAUUAGCCAUAGCUGCACAAUGUAACAUUCCAGGAGCUGGAUCAAAAACUGAAAUUCAACUCACGCUUCGGUCCAUGUUCUGUGGUUACUAUUACUUCCUGCCAUGGUCGAAAACAUACAUUAGACUUGGUUGGGUAAUUGAAGAACAUCCAUAUGUCCAUAUGUGUAAAUGUGAGUGUCAAUCAUUUGUCUAUAUAUGUCCUGUGACUGACUGAUGACGAAUUCAGGGUGCGCCCAAAGUCGGCUAGCAUAGGCUCCAGCUCACCUGUGACAUUAAUGAGGACAAGUGCUGUAAAAAAAUGGAUGGACUAUCAGAGAGGUAUUAAUUUAACAGUAUCCAUGCUGAGUGAAGCACUUGAAUGGGUUUCAGUAAGAGAUAGUACAUCACCUCAGCUACAACCACAAUAACAAACAUUAACACAAGAAAGUGAAUAGUAAAUGAAUACAUCUCUGAAAGAGGCUUGAUAUUGAAUAGUUUCUUCAUAUUUACUAGUACAAAUGUUUUUGAUACAGUAAAUGUAAUGUUGGGUUGGAUCUUAUUUGACUGGAGGUGUACCUCAUGUUAUGGUAGGUGACAGGUGUCAGUUUCAUUCUUUAUAGUUACUCUCUAAUUGCUGAAUUAUUUAAUACUACCCUAUUUAUUGUUCAGAUGUUGCUCCAUUUUCUCUGCUACUGCUAACUGAAAAGUUUCAUUCUGAAGAGUAUUGUUGGAGAGAAUAUCACAUUGGUUUGUGGUUUAAUCGAACUGAUGUACAGGAAAUAUAAUAAACGUUUUUA